AUGGCGUUGCACUCUGUGUUUCGGACGUUGUUAGGAUUUGCCAUCAUGAUCUCAAGCAAUCCCUUCCGCUCCCUGGUUGUAGGAACCAACUUCUCCUCCGGCAGUAUCAAAGCUGUCAAUCUUGGAGGAUGGCUUGUCACAGAGGAGUGGAUUACCCCCAACCUCUUCGACAGCAUACCCAACAAGGAGCUUCUGUCACUGAGAAGCCAGAAGUAUUUGUCUGCUGAAAAGGGUGUCGGCAUGGAGAUCGUGGCGAAUCGAUCCACAGCAUCGGACUGGGAGACCUUUAAGCUGUGGAGAGUCGACGAGAACACCUUCCAGUUUCGGGCUUUUACUGGACAGUUCCAAAGUGUCAGCAAUGGUGCUGUCGUCGCGAUAACGAAGAACGCAAACCGACCGGAGUCGAAGUUUGUGGCAGUGAAGAACGAUCAAAAUCCAAAACUUGUUCGAAUCAAAGCGUCGAAUGGGCGCUUUCAGCAGGAGAUUGAUGGGUGUCAACGCUGUGCAGGCGAAGACGGAACAGUUGUGACAGCAGGCUUCCAGGAGAAGACCAGCCGGGGAAAUGGCGAUCCGUCCGUGUUCUUGAUGCAAAUUAGUGCCACGAUUACAGGGGAGUACCAGCUGACGAAUGGAUUGGGAGGGAAAGCAGCAGAAGUGCUGACAGUAAACAUGAACCUUUGUUCAUCUUACUUGCUUGAUUUAAGUGUGCAAAGUGCUGAAACUGCUGAUGCUACAGAGGCACUGUAA